CACCUCCCUCACAUAUACAUAUACAUAUAUAUAUAUAUAUCACAUACAUGCAACUCCGUCAUUCAUCAUCAUCAUCAUCAUCGACUGCUGAAUUCUCGUUCCGACAUGAAAACCAAAGCCGGAAAGAUGUUCGUUGAGAUUAUAGAUUCCAGAAUCUUUCUGAUUCUCGUCCUUAUGGGCGUUUCGGAGGCACAGCUCCAAGUGGGUUUCUACUCGAAGACGUGUCCCUCGGCGGAGUCCACCAUCCGUACAGUCGUUCGACGUGCGGUGGCCGCCGACGCUGCUGCCGCCGCCAGAUUGCUCCGUUUACAGUUCCACGACUGCUUCGUCGAGGGUUGUGAUGCUUCGAUAUUGAUAAAACACGAGCCGGACGAGAGGCAAGCUCAUGGGAACCAAGGGGUCGGAGGCUACGAGAUCAUAGACGAGGCGAAAGCAGAGCUCGAACGUGCUUGCCCUGGCGUUGUGUCCUGCGCCGAUAUCGUCGCCCUCGCCGCUAGAGACGCCAUUGUUCUGACGAAGGGGCCGCCUUACGAGGUUCCGACAGGGCGGAGAGACGGGAAGGUCUCGAGCCUCGAGCUCGCCGCCAACUUGCCCGACGUCGAUGAUUCGAUCAACGUUCUGAAGACCAAGUUUGCCGGAAAAGGGCUUUCAGACAAGGAUCUUGUCCUCUUAAGUGCAGAAUAUCGAUUCACAGGAGCACACACGAUCGGGACAACGGCCUGCUUCUUCAUCACAUCACGUCUCUACAACUUCUCCGGCGGCGGCGGCGGAGGAGGAGCAGAUCCGGCGCUAAGCCCGGAAUUGCUUCGGAAUCUAAAGGCGAAGUGCCCGUUCGGCGGCGACGUAAACGUGAGAGUUCCGUUGGAUUGGGGAAGCGAAUCUCUGUUCGACGAUCACAUCUUGCGGAACGUCAAGACAGGUUUCGGAGUGAUCGCUUCCGACGCGGUAUUGAUCGGAGACAUAGGUACGAGGAAGAUCAUCAACUCGUAUCUGACUAGGGUUCCGACCAGGAGGGCUAAUUUUCCGGCGGAUUUCGCCGGAGCUAUGGUGAAGAUGGGGAGCAUCGGCGUUAAGACUGGCGUCGAAGGAGAGAUUAGGCGCGUUUGUAGUGCUACUAAUUAAUGGGGAUUAAUAUUAAAUACAUUAUUAUAGCCAUCAGUGUUUAAGUAACUAAUGAAGUAUAAUUAUAUGUUAUAUAAAUCUAUUUUAAUCGGUA